AUGCUCCGAUCUUUGAACCACCUUCCGGACGAGAUACUCCACUCCAUUCUAUGCUACUGUCACCCUCGCUCAUGCGUUGCCCUGGAACAAACCAGUCACCGCUUCGAGAAUGUGACCAACGAGCCUUUGCUAUGGCGCCACUACUGCCAAAUACAUUACAAGUCCUGGGAUAGAAGGCAUAGUAUCGUUCGGAAGCUUGCUAGCCCGGUUUCUACGGUCGACUGGAAAGCGCUCUUUAUCUUACGAUAUCGCAUCGAUCGCUCCGCCACCCACCUUCUUGAUAGUAUUCUAGCUAGCCAGACAGGGCGCAUCGAUAAAUUUCGGGCUGUGAUUGAUUUCGGAUAUGACGCGAAGGAUACUCUUCUGCGACACGGCCAAGUGGAAGCUGGAGAAGAUCACCUUGCAAGAAGGUUAGCUUCAAUUCUUCAUUCGAUACAAGAAAUGCUGGCUACAAUUGUUGGUCAGUUUACUGCAUUUCAUCCCGAUGUGGACUCCCUCAGCCCGCGCGAAAAGGCUCUAGAACUUGCCCGAUGGCUGCAACUGAAUGAUUUCACCGGAAUUGAGGCGGGACGGGAGUAUCAUUCUUUAGAGCACAACUUCCUAGGGCUAGCUCUACGGAGUCUUGGUCACAAUUCGCUGCCUUUGAUCUCGGCUGCCAUCUAUUGCUACGCCGCUCAGGAGCUUGGACUAAAUGCCCAUCCUUGCGGAUUUCCAUUUCACGUUCAUGUCGUCAUUACUCCACAACCGGGCUUUGACAUGAGCGGCAACGCCCUGGCUGAUGCGGAGCAAGGUUCCCCGAUGUAUCUGGACCCAUUUCGGGGAGCAAGAGAGACCCCAGUCUCGGACUUACGAGACCAGCUGGUCUUCCUCGCAUCUACCUCCGUGGACAUGGUGAGUGCUAAGUACGCAGCUUUGUGGUCUUCAAUGCUUCUUUCGGGCGAUUCGCGACCGAUGGAUCUACGGCAUCAGCUACCAUGGCUGAUGGAAUUGUUCGCCACCGAUUUCCCGUCCGAUAUAUUUUUGGUGGAGCAGUACAUCGUGCCUCUGUUUCACGGGCUAUUUGAGCACGAACACAUACUGGAAAGCCUCCAUGUCAUGCGGGCAGUCGACGAAAUACCCAAGCAGGUGCACAGGAGGACCGAUAUGAAUAAGACCAUUCGAUAUAGAGUUGGCCAAGUCUUUCGACACCGUCGCUACCACUAUUGGGCUAUCAUCACCGGUUGGGAUUCGGAAUGUGGCGCUGGAGAACAGUGGAUGAGGCGAAUGGGGAUUGAUCGCUUGCAAGCUGGCCGACAUCAGAGUUUCUACCACGUUCUUGUUGAGGAUCGGAGUGUUCGGUACGUGGCCGAGGAAAACAUCGAUCUUAUCCUUCCUCGUCUCACGGAGUUGCCGCAUAGUUUGACGGCCAUUGCAGGGAAACAUUUCAAACGGUGGGACGAGGCCACACGAGCUUUUGUUAGUAACGUGAAAGAUGAGUAUCCUGAUGAUUAG